AUGUCUGCAAAACUCGACAAGGCUCUUGAUGAGAUUGUCAGCUCCCGCCGCCAGGCGCGUCGCACCCAUCAGCGUCGCCCAGCUGCAAAGGGUGCAAAGGCCGCUCCUGUCGGAGGAGUCAGGAAAUCCACCAGGCAAACCAAACCAACCUCUAAAGCCACGCCUGCUGCACCUGCCGCAGGAUCAGGAGAUGGAAAGAUCAUCGUGAGCGGCUUGCCCGCCGAUGUGAAUGAAGCAAAUAUCAAGGUAUGUUGA